UAAGCCUGACGUGGAAUUCGAUCUCACGACCCUGAGAUCAUGACUUGAGCUGAAAUGAAGAGUCAGAAACUUAACUGACUGAGCUGCCCAGGUGCCCCAACACCUUUUUAAAACUACCUGCCUCAUUUGGAGCAGGAGACCAUCCAUAUAUCAAAGUUGCUUAAAACUGCAAUAUAUGUAUUGCUAGGGCUUGGCCUAGGGUUCUAGAGGACUACUUCCAUGGACAGAAUUAAAGGCUUUUCUCUGAAAAAAAUCUCUCCUCUUGCUUAUUAAUGCCUGAAGGUUUUUCAACAGACAGUCUUCCAUUUUUGUACCCAUAUACUAUCUGCUGGACUACUCUAGAGAGAGAAGACACGCAUAUUACACUUCAAGACACAUUUAAAUCUCUUGGGCUUCAGAAGAUUGAGGAUGAGAAAAAGAAAAAGCAGUUUAAAAAAAAACAAAAACAAAGCCCAGACAAAUGUAGCACAGAAGUUGAUACAAGCGAGGAUCUGAAAGAGAAACAACCAGAAGAUAAUGAGCAAGGGUCAGGGUGGACUCCUGUGCUUGUCAGGAGGCAGCUUGCCAUCGGUGUUAAUGAAGUGACCAGAGCUCUGGAAAGGAAUGGGCUGCUGCUGGUCCUCGUGUGUAAGUCGGCCAAGCCUGCCAUCAUCACCUCACAUCUGAUUCAGUUGAGCUCGAGCAGAUCAGUGCCUGCCUGUCAGGUUCCCCGUCUCGCACCGGUCAUUGGCUUAAAAUGUGUCCUGGCCUUGGGGUUCAGAAAGGACACCACAGCUUUUGUUGAGGAGGUAAAAGCCAUAAUUCCCCAAGUACUCAGUUUACAUAUACCAUGGCUACAUGGGCAGCCUGAAGAGGCCUGGGAAAAUGUAGACACUGAAUCUCCGGAAAGCCAGGAAAAGGAGAUUUUAGAGACUUCCUUUGAAAACUCUAAACAUAAAAAGAAGUUUGUGGAAGGUCAGCAGGCUGUAGUGUUACAACCCCUGAAAAUAAAGAAAGUGAUUCCAAACCCCAGUAAGAUAAGGAAACCACCAAAAAGUAAAAAACCUACUUCAAAGUAAUCUCCUAUAAACUUGUAGUUUCCUACAGCUGUAAAAAGACACUCUGUAAAGAAGCCUUAAAACAAAUAAAAUGUGUUAUUUUUA